AUGGAGGAAACCGGAGCACCUGGAGGAAACCAGAGCACAUGGAGGAAACCGGAGCACCUGGAGGAAACCGGAGCACCUCACCGGAGCACCUGGAGGAAACCGGAGCACCUGGAGGAAACCGGAGCACACGAAGGAAACCGAAGCACCUGGAGGAAAUCGGAGCACCUGGAGGAGACUGGAGCACCUGGAGGAAACCAGAGCACAUGGAGGAAACCGGAGCACCUGGAGGAGACUGGAGCACCUGGAGGAAACCUACACGGACAUGGGGAGAAAAGGCAAUCUCCACACAGAAAGACUAGAGGUGGAAUCAAACCCACGGUGGUUGGCAACCAAGCAGAAUUUGCCAAAUAG